CCCCGCUCCUCCCUCUUGCCUGGGCUGCCUGCCUCAGAAGUAAGGACCUGGGAGGGUGCAGGACGCCUGGUCUGCCCUGUGGGUCCUGGACAGAGCCCCCACCUCUGCAAAGAUGACUUGGAGACAGGCCCUCCUGCUGUCUUGCUUCUCUGCCGUGGUGCUCCUGUCUAUGCUGAGAGAGGGAACCGGUGCAUCUGUAGGCACCACACAGGCGGUGGAAGGAGAGGCGAGUGAAGAUGCAAAACAGAAGAUUUUCAUGCAGGAAUCAGAUGCCUCGAAUUUCCUCAAGAGGCGCAGCAAGCGGUCCCCCAAGCCCCGAGAUGAGGUCAAUGCGGAAAACAGGCAGAAGCUUCGGGCUGAUGAGCUGCGGAGAGAAUAUUACGAGGAACAAAGGAAUGAAUUUGAGAACUUUGUGGAGGAACAAAACGAUGAGCAGGAAGAGAGGAGCCGGGAGGCUGUGGAGCAGUGGCGCCAGUGGCACUAUGACGGCCUGCACCCAUCCUAUCUCUACAGUCGCCACCACAUCUGAUCCCAUCGUGAAGCCAGCCAAGAAGAUGAAGCUUGUAGCACAUAUUAGCAUCCCCGUGUUCCAGCAAUCUUUCCCAUGCAAACUGGCCCGUCAAGAGGGUCUCGGCCUGGGGUCUGCAGUGGCCGGCAGCCCUGGAAAAGACACAUGCCUUUCCUUCCAGUGUAUGAAAGUGCUCUGACUUUCACCUCUUUGCAGACCAUCUUCUGAGGUGAGCAACUGCCUGCAGGGCCUCCUAGCACCAAACCUACAGUGGCUUCCCUGGCUUCGUUCACAAGCAAAAGAAUCACAGUCAAGAAUCACAUAUUUGCUUAUGGCUUACAAAUAAAAAUGCUGAAUCAAC